AUGGCUAGCAUGCCAUCGGAGAAGAAGUCCGAGGCCCAGGCAGCUCCUCCUGGCCAGCCACCCGGGGCGUCGGAAGACGACAUGUUUAACAGUCCUCUCUUUGAGCAGCUGCGAGAGUGGAUGGCAAAGGAGACCAAGAAGUUUACGUUCGCGUGUGGGGGCACAAUUCCCAUAUGCACUACUUCACCAGCCGGUCUGCCCGCCUCUCCCACUUUGAAACUGGAUUCUAUCUCGGAUGACGAUGACGUUGAGUCCGACAAGAAGGACGCGCGUGCGUCUAGCAAGCGGGCUGACUCCGACAAGGCGUCCGUCACGGGCAGUAUUGGUGACGAAAAGCCGCUUUCGGUCUCAUGUCGACCAAUUGAUUUACGCUGGGACGCGGAGAACGAGAACCGGCUCUCGUCUCAAGCGAAGAUCACAUUGCCUCUGGACUCCGAGACCGAAGCCAACCUGCCAAACCUGAUCAACGACACCCAACCGGUCACUUUUGGGCUAGGCGACAAAGACGUCCUGGAUGAAUCGUACAGGAAGACUCAGAAGCUUGACCCGUCGUGUUUCGCCACGAGCUUCAAUCCGUACGAGGUCAGCAUCAUCGUCACCGUUGCGCAGGCCCUUCUGCCUAGUCUGCGGAACCCGGCGCCUAUGAGGUCCGUCAAGGCGGAACUUUACAAGUUGAAUUGUGCAUUAUCUGACACCAUUUGGGAGAUCUACUCCGGUCCUUCGGGGAGAUUCAAGGCACAUGUCGAUACCCCUCGCUCUCCCAGGCAGUUUGGCUCCCUGGUAGUCUGCCUACCCCUGGAGCACAACGGAGGAGCUCUCGAGGUCCGCCACAAGGGGACCACCGUGGCAUUCGACUGGAGCAACUCCAGACAAGACGUCGACCAUGCCACCGUACGGUGGGCGGCGUUCUACAGCGAUUGCGAACAUGAGGUACUCGAGGUCAAGUCCGACCAUCGUCUCACUCUCACGUAUAAUAUGUACUGCGUUAGAGGCAACGGUCAGCUAGGUGGUUUUUGCCCUCCGCUCGAUCCUGUGCAGCUGCCGAUGUAUACGACUAUCCGCGAUCUGGUCCGGAAGGAAGGAGGCUGGCCUACAGUAUUCCAGGGGUUUACAUCGGCUACUACUGCAGCCACAUUUACCCGCACACAAACGGUGACCGUCAACUUCCUCAUGCCCGACAUGCUCAAGGGGGCGGACAUGCUCAUAUACGAGAUAUUUCGCUCCCUCGGACUUACGAUCACAUUCCGUCCAGUUAUCCCGGAUCGGGGAUUCCUAAGCUAUUCCAGAGACGACGAAUCCGAAGACUGGCACGAUCCGCUGUUGGGUAGGGACCUCGUGUGGCAAGACCUAGGAGAGGAAGAAUACAUCAAUCCAGAAGAAGACUUCAAUCCAACCAUAUAUCGAAGCGUCAACUGGAUGAACAAGCCUGGACACCAGGAGGCGCAGCUGCAGUUUCUCGCGUAUGUAAACGAGUACUCAGCGGUAACUGUAUACCCGAGUUGCGACAUUGUUGUCGAGGUGCCGUCAGCUCCUUCGAAGGCAGACAAGCCGAAACCAAAGGGUAAGAAGAGAAAGGCUUCGGGUCAUUAG